CGAACGACGAAUGCAGAGACGACAGAUCAAAAGUAUCGGGCAAAACAAGCCACAAUUCAAGCGCACGUUGACUAAAACAAUCAAGCACGAGCGCAGAUGCUGGGUUGCUUUUAGUCAACUAAUACUCGCAACGUCUUUGCAACGACUUGCCCUCCGUAUUCCUUCUUACAACAUCUCGUUUCAGCAUUUUGAACCCUGUAUGAGAAUUUCUUGGCUUGCCUGCAUCAAAUCACCAUGGCUUACUAUUCAACUUCGCGGUAUCUUUGGAGAUGGUUGUGUUUCUGGCUGGUACUGCUUCAACCAGGCCUGCAUCAUCUGUCAAUCUUCGUGUCAGCUGCAGCAACAAGGCCUCCAUGCAGAUAUGUCCCUGGAGAUGCUGGAUGGCCAAGCGCGAGUGACUGGUCGCACUUGAAUGAGACUGUUGGCGGGAGGCUCAUUGCUACGGUCCUUAUCGCCCACGUCUGCCACGAUCCGGAUUAUGCAGAGGAAAGAUGUAACUCUUUGAAGCAACAGUGGGGUCUUCCUAGCUUGCAUGUUCCGGAACCUGCUGAGAUCUUGGCGCCCUACUUCCUGAACAACAGCUGCGAUCCCUUCGGAUCGGAAUCGAAACCCUGCACACUUGAAAACUAUGUCAGCUAUUCGGUGGAUGUACGAGGCGUCGAUGACAUCAUUGCGACCGUCCGGUUUGCCAACAAGCAUAACAUUCGCCUUGUGAUCAAGAACACAGGCCAUGACUUCCUCGGCAAAUCGACUGGUAAAGGAGGCCUCGCUAUCUGGACACAUCACCUCAAUAGCGUCGAAGUCCUACGGGACUACAGCAAGUUCUACUACAAGGGUCCCGCCAUGAGACUUGGGGCUGGCGCUAUGGGAGGUGAUGCAGCUCUUGCUGCAAGUCAGAAUGGGUACCGUGUGGUAGCCGGCACAUGUAGCACUGUGGGCAUUGCUGGUGGUUUCGCCCAAGGUGGAGGCCAUUCCCUCCUAUCAGGUAUUUACGGACUCGGCGCCGACAAUGUUCUUGAGUGGGAGGUUGUAACCUCAGAUGGCAAGCAUGUGGUUGCCACACCAAAUGAAAAUGCGGACCUGUACUGGGCCUUGAGCGGUGGAGGAGGCGGCACUUUCGGAGUGGUAGUGUCCAUGACGACUAGAGUCUUCGAAGACGGUCCAGUCGGUCGAGCAAGCCUUGGGUUCAGUACCGCUAGCACUGGAGGAGACGAGAAUUUCUGGGCAGCUGUGGAUGUCUUUCACAAUCAUUUACAGCCACUUGUCGAUGACCAUGGUAUUGUCCUCACUUACACGCUGGGCAAAGACAGCCUUAUGGUGUACGUCAUCACAGCACCUAACCGCACAUCUGACGAGGUUUCGCUGCUGUUGUCCCCACUGCUAGCCGACUUGAGUCAGUUUGGGCUGUCCGACCAAACCCUGGGCUUCACCGCAGCCGACGCAGCGACCUACUACGAGCAUUUCAUGUCGACACUAGGACCGGUUCUGUCGAACGUGCCAUCAAACCAGCUUACGUCCGGUCGAAUCAUUUCGAGAGAUAACAUGGCAAACAACAGGACGGGAGUUGGCCGGGCUCUUCGGGGCGUUACUAGCAGUGGGCACUUUAGUUUUCUUUGUACGGCAGUCAACCUCGAGAAUACAAGUGUCCAGCCGGUUACCGAUAACUCGGUGCAAGAGCACUGGCGGGACGGACUCGUGAGCUGCGUCGUGGCAGGGGUCUGGGAUUGGACGAUCCCCUGGGAUCAGAUGGCUGCUAGGCAACACGAGUUGACCAACAUCAUCGACCCCCUUCUGACGAGUGCCACACCUGGAUCUGGAACCUAUCUGAAUGAGGCCAACUUUCAGCAAUCGGACUGGCAGUCUGUUUUCUACGGUGGCAAAUAUGCAAAGCUCAAAGCGAUUAAAAAGGUAUGGGAUCCUCUCGAUCUCUUCUACGGUCCUACAGCCGUAGGAAGUGAGUCUUGGUCUGCAGAUUCUGCAGGGCGUCUCUGCAGGACUGGCAACUGAGUCGGAGUCGGAGUAGGACUUUCUCGUAAAGGUCUUAGCUGUAGCCAGCGAUGGCGGAGGCUUUGUGAUAUGAGUUUAGUUCACAUCAUGUCAGUAUACAGAUAGUAUCAACUUCUUAAUGCGAAUCAUUUCCCCCUAA